GCUGGGAAAUGUUAUUGGUAGGUAUCUUCCUACCUUGUCAAACCAGACUUUUGUAUUUAAGGUUCUGCCUGGGAAAAUGUCACCACUUUCCAUAUGAGAGAUAAUUGCUGGGUACCAGAUAGGCAGAUGAUAAGAAGCUUUGCAUAGUUUGAGGUAGAGACAGAAACUUGCUGAUUGUCAGACUGGAGACAUCCAUUUCUCCGUAUUUAUCUGUCGGAUUUUGACUCCUGGGUCGGAGAGAGCUGCCAAAUGACCUCCAGAACCAUAUAUGGCCUGCUGCUCCUUUUCUGUGUCCUGAUGGGGGUUAUAUCCUACCUGUACCUCAUAGGAGACCAAAAGACGAUCACAGACCGCGUGAGUCCAGGAAAAAACAAAUCAUCGGAAUCUUGCCCGGCGAUCUCGCCAUAUUUAAAAGGGCCAAUCCAGGUCCAGUUACCAAAGUCCCACCAACUGGAAGACGUGAUACAGGAGAACCCCAAUGUGACCCAAGGAGGCCGCUACGAGCCCCCCGACUGUAUCUCCAAAAAGAAGACCGCCAUCGUCAUCCCUCAGCGGAACCGAGAGCGCCACCUUAAAUACCUCUUGUACAAUCUGCACCCGUUCUUGCAACGCCAACAGCUGAACUACGGCAUCUACGUCAUCCAGCAGGCGGGCAACUUCACUUUUAACCGCGCUAAACUCAUGAACGUUGGUUUUAAAGAAGCCAUGAAAGACGAGGCCUGGGACUGCUUGUUCUUCCAUGACGUGGACCUCAUCCCCGAAGACGACCGCAACCUGUACACCUGCGACGGGUUCCCCAAACACGCGUCUGUUGCCAUAGACAAGUUUAAUUACACUCUGCCCUACCAGUUGUACUUUGGGGGAGUCUCGGCAUUGACUCCUGAGCAGUAUGAAAAAGUCAACGGAUUUUCGAACAAUUACUGGGGCUGGGGUGGCGAGGACGACGACUUGGCGGAUCGAAUUCAAAUCGGCGGCAUGCAGAUAUCUCGGCCGUCCGUCCUUGUAGGAAGGUAUAAAAUGAUACAGCACGCUCGGGACCAAGGGAACGAGAAAAACCAACAACGGUUCCACCUUCUGGGACAGACAAGGGGGACUUGGAGACAAGAUGGUCUAAACACCCUCCAGUAUAAACUGCUGUCCAAGGAGCUUCUCCCGCUCUACACCAAAAUCACGGUGGACAUUGGAACAGAUAAACUUGCUCCAUCAAGAAGGUGAGACCGGGACCCGAUGUAUACCGAUCGCUUUGCCCAAUUUUCCACACUUCUUCCUCUCUAAAACUCCAUUGGCUUUUACUCAUCCCAAGACAUUGUAAUCUUUAUUUAUCUUUCUAUCGUUCCAUGAUUAGUCCAACAAGUCUUGGCCCCCCGGAGUCAUGCCUUGGAUCAGCUUUUGUUGGUCAACCAAUCAAAGAAAUGUACAAUUUUUAUUUAAUUGGUUUGCAUUUGAUUGUUAUUUAUUUUCUUUUGUUUUCUUAAUACAAAUUUUACAAAAACGAGCGGUGCCCUAGACCCCCUUCUCAUCAACGUAUAUCUAGAUUAGAGAAUUACGAAGGGUUUACCGGAGAAUGGAAGACGUGCUUCCAACUGGGCUAACCCCUCAGCUCCCCCAAUUUUUAAUUGUGUAAUAUAUUCAUCUGGUCUCUUUUAUUGUUUUGUUGGAGAGACACCAAGACAACAAAGUACCAUAUACAUCAUAUCUUCAAUGCAUGAACCCUUCAAAAGGUGUCCCAGUGUCUAGGGAGCCUGAAGGUACGCAGAAAUACGAAGGGUUUACCGGAGAAUGGAAGACGUGCUUCCAACUGGGCUAACCCUUCGACUCCCCCCAUUUUCGAUUGUGUAAUAUAUUCAUCUGGUCUCUUUUAUUGUCUUGUUGGAGAGACUCCAAGACAACAAAGUACCAUAUACAUCAUAUCUUCAAUGGAUGAACCCUUGAAAAGGUGUCCCAGUGUCUAGGGAGCCUGAAGGUACGCAGAAUUACGAAGGGUUUACUGGAGAAUGGAAGACGUGCUUCCAACUGGGCUAACCCUUCGACUCCCUCAAUUUUUGACUGUGCAAUGUGGUCUAUUUUAUUGUCUUGUUGGAGAGACACCAAGACAACAAAGUACCAUAUACAUCAUAUCUUCAAUGCAUGAACCCUUCAAAAGGUGUCCCAGUGUCUAGGGAGCCUGAAGGUACGCAGAAAUACGAAGGGUUUACCGGAGAAUGGAAGACGUGCUUCCAACUGGGCUAACCCUUCGACUCCCCCCAUUUUUGAUUGUGUAAUAUAUUCAUCUGGUCUUUUUUAUUGUCUUGUUGGAGAGACUCCAAGACAACAAAGUACCAUAUACAUCAUAUCUUCAAUGGAUGAACCCUUGAAAAGGUGUCCCAGUGUCUAGGGAGCCUGAAGGUACGCAGAAUUACGAAGGGUUUACUGGAGAAUGGAAGACGUGCUUCCAACUGGGCUAACCCUUCGACUCCCUCAAUUUUUGACUGUGUAAUGUGGUCUAUUUUAUUGUCUUGUUGGAGAGACACCAAGACAACAAAGUACCAUAUACAUCAUAUCUUCAAUGCAUGAACCCUUCAAAAGGUGUCCCAGUGUCUAGGGAGCCUGAAGGUACGCAGAAAUACGAAGGGUUUACCGGAGAAUGGAAGACGUGCUUCCAACUGGGCUAACCCUUCGACCCCCCCCAUUUUUGAUUGUGUAAUAUAUUCAUCUGGUCUCUUUUAUUGUCUUGUUGGAGAGACUCCAAGACAACAAAGUACCAUAUACAUCAUAUCUUCAAUGGAUGAACCCUUGAAAAGGUGUCCCAGUGUCUAGGGAGCCUGAAGGUACGCAGAAUUACGAAGGGUUUACUGGAGAAUGGAAGACGUGCUUCCAACUGGGCUAACCCUUCGACUCCCCCGAAUUUCCGAUUGUGUAAUAUAUUCAUCUGGUCUCUUUUAUUGUCUUGUUGGAGAGACACCAAGACAACAAAGUACCAUAUACAUCAUAUCUUCAAUGCAUGAACCCUUGAAAAGGUGUCCCAGUGUCUAGGGAGCCUAAAGGUACGCAGAAUUACGAAGGGUUUACCGGAGAAUGGAAGACGUGCUUCCAACUGGGCUAACCCUUCGACUCCCCCCAUUUUUGAUUGUGUAAUAUAUUCAUCUGGUCUUUUUUAUUGUCUUGUUGGAGAGACUCCAAGACAACAAAGUACCAUAUACAUCAUAUCUUCAAUGGAUGAACCCUUGAAAAGGUGUCCCAGUGUCUAGGGAGCCUGAAGGUACGCAGAAUUACGAAGGGUUUACUGGAGAAUGGAAGACGUGCUUCCAACUGGGCUAACCCUUCGACUCCCUCAAUUUUUGACUGUGUAAUGUGGUCUAUUUUAUUGUCUUGUUGGAGAGACACCAAGACAACAAAGUACCAUAUACAUCAUAUCUUCAAUGCAUGAACCCUUCAAAAGGUGUCCCAGUGUCUAGGGAGCCUGAAGGUACGCAGAAAUACGAAGGGUUUACCGGAGAAUGGAAGACGUGCUUCCAACUGGGCUAACCCUUCGACUCCCCCCAUUUUUGAUUGUGUAAUAUAUUCAUCUGGUCUCUUUUAUUGUCUUGUUGGAGAGACUCCAAGACAACAAAGUACCAUAUACAUCAUAUCUUCAAUGGAUGAACCCUUGAAAAGGUGUCCCAGUGUCUAGGGAGCCUGAAGGUACGCAGAAUUACGAAGGGUUUACUGGAGAAUGGAAGACGUGCUUCCAACUGGGCUAACCCUUCGACUCCCCCGAAUUUCCGAUUGUGUAAUAUAUUCAUCUGGUCUCUUUUAUUGUCUUGUUGGAGAGACACCAAGACAACAAAGUACCAUAUACAUCAUAUCUUCAAUGCAUGAACCCUUGAAAAGGUGUCCCAGUGUCUAGGGAGCCUAAAGGUACGCAGAAUUACGAAGGGUUUACCGGAGAAUGGAAGACGUGCUUCCAACUGGGCUAACCCUUCGACUCCCCCAAUUUUUCGAUUGUGUAAUAUAUUCA